AUGUCUAUCCGUCGGUUGAUGAUUACGGCAUGUCGUCGCCCCCAGCUGCGUCAUGCGUUUUCGCGUAUUGCAAUGGUUGUCCCAGUCCAGGCCCGCCGGGCGAUGGCCUCGGUCGGUUCGAUCGACUCAAUCGUAUUCCAAGAUUUAUUUGGUGCCAAUGAUAUGCGAGAGGUCUUCUCAGACACCGAAUAUAUCCGGCGGUGUGUUGAUGAUGAGGCCGCUCUUGCUUGCGAGCAGGCACAUUGCAAUGUCAAUCCCGCGGACGUAGCGCAAGCCAUCCCUAGAUCUGUCUCUGUUAUUGGCCCCGAUCACGAAAUAAUUGCAGUGAACGAGGUUUAA